CUAUCACAAACUCAUCCAAGCAAAACGCUUUGUGCAACCUCUGACUUUAACUUAUUCAUAAAACAUGUCGAGGCAGAAAAAGAACACAAAAAUGUAAAGCGAAACAUUUUUUCAGAUUCCUGAAAAAGUAUUAAUACUAUUUCUGAUGAGCUGGUUGAAGACACCUUCUGCUGCAUAAGGAUCAACACUAAUUGCUUUGGCUAGCUGUUGCAAGAUAUACCGGACGUGUCCAGCGAUCCCCCAGACCUGUUUUCAUCCGAAGACGAGAGCAGCAAGGGAGAGGAUCAGGGAAGAGAUAUCGGCAAUAAACGUUUGUCAACGCAUCUACCUGAAAUUGGGAAACUGUGUGCGACGGAUACUGAAGACUGUCUUGAUAAUUAAUAGAAAGGAUGGCAGAGAGUCAUAUUCGUGGUUUUGACGUAAAAUUGGUUUCUUCCGUAACUGGACGCUAUAAGUGCUCAAUGUGCAAAUUGUUGUUGAGAGAACCGAUACAAACCUUUCGUGGAGAAUUGGCAUGCGGAUCCUGUUACAGUUACGCCCGAAGAAAAAAUCCCUCUGUUUGUCCCAUUGAUGGAGAACCUAUUGAUGAUACACAAAUCUUUCCAGACAGACAUGCAAAGAGAGAAAUUCUGCAACUGAAAUGUUAUUGCAAUAACAAGGAGAAUGGUUGUCCAUGGAUUGGUGAAGUUGCUAAUGCUGAGGGUCAUGUGAGUACGUGUGAUUACUUUCUGGUAAUGUGUACCAACUGUGGAGGAAAUGUCAUCAAAAGGAAUCUCAAUGAUCAUUUGAUAAAUUUGUGCCCAAAACGAAAGUUAAGAUGUGAUUAUUGUCAAGUUGAAAUUGAGGCUGAUUUACUUGAGGACCAUCAAAACAGUUGCGCGAUGAAGCCAAGAGAGUGCCCGUAUAAGUGUGGUCAAGCUGUCUCUCAAAAUGACCUUUACAGUCACGUUCCAGUUUGUCCCAAAAUUGACUCCGGAAGUACAUGUCCAUAUCAGAUUAUUGGGUGCAAGAGUAAGGCAUUCACAAGCAAAAAAAAUUUGGAUAAACACCUAGUUGCAGACAUUGCUGCCCAUACUGCAUUGACAGUGUCGCUUGUGGAAUCGUUGAAGCUUGAAAACGAAGCGCUGCAAACAGAAUUGGUGAAUGAAAAAUCCAUCCGUGUUGAGGUUGAGCAAACAGUAAUAAAACAAGCCAAUAAGAUAGCUCCGUUAAAGGUUCAGGUUUUAAUAUUGCAGACUCAAUUAUCGGAUAUGAUGAAAGAGGUAUCGGAAUCGAAGCAGCACAUCGAGGAGAGAACACAACGUGUAAUCGACGAUGUUCAGGCGCAAAAAGAUUUGGGUAAGGAAGAAUCUAUUAUAGCCAUUCAAGAACAGAUGGCAGUGGUGGAUUCUCAGUACCAGGAAUUUGAGCGAAAGCUACAAAACUUGGAUACAAGAGGUGCAAGCAGCGGGUUUGUGGGUAACUCAAUUGAAAUGAGAAGAGAUCUGGAUAACUAUGCUGCGAAGAUUGACAUGAUUGAGACAAAUAACGCUGUCAUUAGUGCCAACCUUUCUGACGUGGAGUUAAAACUUCAACUGUUGGAAAACACUAGCUAUGAUGGAAGACAGCUAUGGAAGAUCGAUAAUGUGCGCCAUCGUAUGCAGCAAGCUGUCACUGGCAAAGUAACAGCUCUUCACAGUGCUCCUUGUUUUACCAGCAGGGCGGGGUACAAAUUUUGUUCCAGGCUCUACCUGAACGGUGAUGGCAUGGGAAAGGGCACGCACGUGUCCCUGUUCUUUGUUGUGAUGCGUUCAGAGUACGAUGCUCUGUUGAAGUGGCCAUUCAGUAGUCGUGUGACAUUCCGUCUUAUCAACCACGACAAUCCGCGAGAGAGCGUCAGGGAGACGUUUCUUCCUGAUCGUAAUUCGUCGAGUUUUCGGAAGCCUACGAGAGACAUGAACAUUGCUGCUGGUUGUCCAAUGUUUAUCCAGAAAGAAGCAUUGUUUGCGGGAAGUUUUAUCAUCGACGACAGUUUGUUUAUAGAGACUGUGGUCACACCGACUUAACAAUGGUUCGAUUGCUUAUAACCUUGUACUAUGAGAUAGUUUCAAUUAUAUGUAGCCUGCAAAAGAGUUAAGGAAAAGUGUUAAUUUCGCUUUUAUUGGGCUGCAUAAUGAAAUUAACUCAUGGUAAAGGUCAAUAAAAGCAAAUUUAUAAAUAAUAGUUUUCUUAGUAUUAUUAAUAAGGGUUUUUUGUUUUAGGUACCGUAAUUUUGUAGUAUUAUUCUUUAUUCUUUGAGAAACUUUUCUCGAAAAACUUCUCAAAAAAAAUAAAUUCCAACAAUCACCAUUGUUUAUGGACAAUACUU